AUGACAAUGAUAACCGUCUACCCACUCUUGAGCCAACCCCUUUAUUUUCGAAAUUUGCCUUCCGUCGAGUCGCGGCGUCGGCAAAAAAAAACCCCACCAUUUUUUCCCCAAAAAGCAGAUCCUGCAGCGGACAUGAAACCCCUGCCCGCAGUUGUUUUGCAGCGGUGCUCCUACAGUGCUACUUUAAAAAAAAAUGCCUUGAUGAUAGGUGAACUACACUACAACUCUGGUACAACUCUACUUAUCAGGCGGAAAGGUAUUAGAAAAAGCACGUGCAACGAGGAUGGACCCGUAGAAGUCCUCUCCCAUACCUUGACAUUGAGCACAGUAUCUUCAUCACGCCAGUACAGCGACUGAAUGGAAUUAUAUCGGACGCGAAGAAAUAAAUCUUUCGAGG